AUGUCACUAGAUCAUUGUAAAAAUUUGGCCUACUAUCUACUAACUACAAAUUAUGCUCCAUAUCAAAAUGAAAAGUUGCAACACUUGUUUGGUGAUAUUAAUGAUGAUAAAAGUAGUAAAGCACAGAGAAAACCUCUUUCGAAAGCUCCUACUACUGCAAACACCACUAACAGUGUUACUGUCAACAUAUCAUAUGGAGAUAAUUCCUUGCCUGUAUUAUCUAAAAAUACUCAACAAAAGAAACAUUAUAAUUUCUUAAUAAAAAUGCUUAAACGUGACAGUCUCUUACCAGAAUCACUAUGGAAUAACGUUUAUAAUCAACUAUGUGAUAAUUUUGUUUGUGAAUUAAAUUCUUUGCAUCGGAAUUUUCAUCAACUCACAUCUACAAGUGCAUUUGUUAAUUAUGUUAUUCAAUAUCUGGGACGUUCAUUUAGCAUGAAACAUAAUAUUAUUCAGUUAACCGAUAUUGGAUUAUCAGAGUCAUUUAAACAUAAUAUUGACAAUACUUCAGUGAGUAAUAAGCUUCGUUUAGUUUGUGUUAAAAAAGUUUGA